AAUUAUAAAACAAUGGCAGAAAAGGGUGCACAUUUAACUGGAACAACAUGCAUUAAACCUUCAAUUUUUGAAAUUGUUGCACAAGAAUCUCUUGCCAAUAUACUUGAACCUGCUUUUAAAAAGAUUCUAUCAUUCCUUGUAUCUUUUAAUUAUGAAAGAUAUGGACAUUUACUUGAAUGGUCUGACGAAGGAUAUUUGAUUUUUAACACAUUUCUUCAACGAUACUAUCUCAACAAAUAUUCUGGAUCAUUUUCUGAAACGUUUUAUGGAUUAAAGCGUAUUGGAUUAGUAAACCAAAAGUUUUAUGAUCAAUUAACACGAAAACAAAAAUAUUUUUCUUUAAUAUUACUUGUUUUGUUACCUUAUUUAAGAGGAAAGUUACUUAAACUUAGUUAUCAAUAUAAACUACAAGAAGCUGACAAUUAUGUACCUAAAUCGAAAUGGGAAAAAUUUCUCAGAAAAUGUGUUAUCAAAGGACACGAUACUUAUUUCACUUUAUAUGAAUCUAUAACAUUAUGUAAUUAUAUACUUUAUGUAUCUGGAAGAUCAAUGUAUGCGACACCUUUGUUAAGGUUUCUUGGCAUUGUACUUACAUAUUCAGAAACAAGAGCUAUUGUUCCUAUUACGGAAUUAUUGUACAAAGUUAGAAGCAAUAAUUUCACUAUUAGUGAUGGAUUGGAUGUACUUCAAUCAACAUUUGCUAGAUCUCUUGAAAUUGGAGCCUUCUGUUUACAAUUUUUAUCUUGGUGGAGUCAAGAGAAUUAUUUUACAGAUGUAAUGAUGCUUCCAGCUCCGCCAGCUCCAAAGAUAUCAUCAUCAGCAAAGAAAUAUAAAGGAUUAUGUCCAUUAUGUAUGAAAGUGCCACAUAUACGUACAGUACUUAUGGUAUCAGGAUAUAUAUUUUGUUAUCAAUGUAUUUUACCUGAAGUACGUAAUAAGAAAUGCUGUCCAGUUACAAAUUUUCCAGCUAAUGAGAAUGAUUUAAUACGUUUAUAUAUAAAUUAAAUAUGAAAGAUGGUGUACAUAUUGAAAUAUUGAAAAGGCAAGU